GCGGGGCCCGACUACCGGCACCUCCGAGCACACGGUGGUCCUCGCAGUGACCAUGGGCUGUGAGAGUCCGCUCCUGCUGCAGCUGCGGUCAUCAUGACCACGCCCGCCUCCCGCAGACCAUGUUCCAUGUUUCUUUUAGGUAUAUCUUUGGAAUUCCUCCCCUGAUCCUUGUUCUGUUGCCAGUAACAUCAUCUGAUUGUGAGAUUGAAGGUAAAAAUGGUGAAGAAUAUCAGCAUAUUAUAAUGGUCAGCUUCAAGGAGUUGGAACAUAUAAGAGAAAAUGCUAGUAAUUGCCUGAAUAAUGAACCUAACUUUUUAAAAAGGCAUUCAUGUGAUGAUGAUAAGGAAGCUACGUUUUUAAAAACUGCUGCUCGCAAGUUGAAGCAAUUUGUUAAAAUGAAUAUCCAUGAGGAUUUCAAGCACCACUUAUCAGUAGUUUCACAGGGCACAUUAAAACUGUUGAACUGCACCAGGAAGGAUAAAGAAAAAAAACAACCUUCCUUGGGUGAAGCUCAGCCCACUAAAAAUUUGGAGAGAGAAAAAAUCUUUAAGGGAACAGAAAAGACAGGAGAAAUGUGUUUCCUAAAGAUACUACUAGAAAGAAUAAAAACUUGUUGGAAUAUUUUGAGAGGCACUAAAGAACAUUGAAAAGUACAGUGUGACAAUAUAAAAACGGUGUGAACUUUAGUUGUGUCCUUCAAGAACUGAUCUGCUCAUGCAAUUUUUUGGAGAAGAAUGCCUUCUAGAAAUUAUUGAAUUUGUCCUGGUAAGAAUGGGUUAGGGCAGUUGAGGAAAUACUACUGUGGUACUUGAAGAUGGACUUAAACGAUGGAAACUGAAUGCUGCAGUCAAUGAACUAUUUCAUAUGUACGUGGACAUAGAUCAGCUGGUGUUAAUUUUAUGCUGAUUUUUGUAAGAUGUAAGGUAUUAGCUGCAAUAUUAAUAUUUAGACCUGUUAAAUUUCAAAAGAAAUUAAAAUCUGUGAUGUAUAUAAAGGUUACAAGACUUAAAAUUAACAUUGCUUUAUUACUAAAAUAUUUUAUGGCCUCCAAUGUAUCAGUAUACUGCAGUAAGUGUGGAAAUUGUUGUCAUCUGUGCUAAAAUGUUUCAGAGUUAACAGUGAGCUAUGGAUAAUGCCCAUGCAAACACGUCAUUUAUCUUACUUAAAGCAGCAACAUAAAGGAGUACAAGAUGUUAAGAGAGGUAUCAAGACAUGUAAUUAAUAUGAAUGUAUUGCACAGUGCCUGUAGUAAAUGGCAUAGCAAAUGCUUUAAAAUGAAAAUAAAAAAUACUUUCACAAAAUAGGAAGUCAUCUGUUCUAAGGAUGCUAAACCAUAGUACUGAGUUCUUCUGUCAUUUACAUGUAAUAAAACAUGUCUAAAUGGAGCUUUCAAUUUGGGAAGUGUACUUUUAAGAGAAUAAUAUAUGUUUGCCUUUAAUUAAUAGUAUGUGUAUAUUUAAUUUUAACAGUAUAUCUGUAUAUUAAACUAUUUUCAUACA